AUGUCGCUCACCCAGAAAUCCGCCAACAAGGUCUGCAACGGCACGCUGACCAAGUACACCUUCACCUCUUCCUCGCUCGGAUCGCUCGAAACGUCCAUCAACGUCUUCCUCCCUUCAUCGGCCACUUCGACUUCUCCCAAGCCCGUGCUCUACUUCCUUUCCGGGCUGACCUGUACGGAAGACAAUGCAGCUCAGAAGGGUGGAUUCUUCUCCGCUGCGGAAGCCGAAGGUAUUGCACUUGUUUUCCCCGACACUUCUCCUCGAGGAGCUGGGAUCGAAGGUGAAGACGAAUCGUACGAUUUCGGUACCGGAGCUGGAUUCUACCUGAACGCUACAAAGUCUCCCUGGGAUAAGCACUACAAGAUGUACGAGUUCAUCACCUCCGAACUCCCCUCCAAGCUUUCCGAUCUUCCGAUCGAUACCAAGAAGGCUUCCAUCUUCGGUCACUCUAUGGGUGGUCACGGAGCUCUCACUCUAUACCUCAAGAACCGUGAUCUGUAUCGUUCAGCUUCCGCAUUCUCACCCAUCUGCAAUCCGACCGCUUGUCCUUGGGGCGAAAAAGCCUUCAACGGUUAUCUCAAAGGUGGUGUGGAAGAAGGUAAACAGUACGAUGCUACGUUGUUGCUGAAGGAAGCGAAAGACGGUGUGAAGAUUCUGGUGGAUUCCGGAACAGCGGAUGACUUUUACAAACAGGGUCAGUUGCUUCCGGAGAACUUUGAAAAGGUCGCAAAGGACAAGGGCUUCAAGGACGUGCAGGUCAGGUUGCAGGAUGGAUAUGAUCAUUCGUACUACUUCAUCAGCACUUUUGCUGGCGAACACGUCAAGUUCCAUGCAAAGUUCUUGAAGCAGUAA